AUGGCGAGCGGCGGCUACUACUACGACCAGAGCGCGGGGUACGGCGGCUCGGCGGCGCCGUUCCACCUCCUCGUGUUCCUGGGCACCGUCGUGGUGCUGGGCGCCACGUCGCUCUACUCGCGCUACGAGUCCGCGGUGGAGAGCCUGGUGGAGCAGGUCCGGUUCGCCAUCGUGCUGUCCCCGCUGCUGCUCCUGCUCGCGGUCCAGUACUGGGCGGCCACGGCCGGGUCGCGGCGGCCGCGAGGCGGCGCCCUCUCGUCGCUGCUGGUCGGGGACCAGCCCUCCUUGUACGCCGGCGGCGGAUGGGGCGGCCAGCACCACCAGAGGGACGGCGGCUCGGGGCCGUCGUCGUCGCCGUGGGGCGUGGCGCUCGCGCUCGCCCUCGUGCUGCUCCUCGUCUCCUACCAGUCCUGCUUCCAGGACCUGUGGUUCCCGCUGGUCAAACGCCGGUGA